GAAGACACUGUCAGAUAAUGUUUAUAGGCUAGAAAUAAUAAGAAUUCCCUCUCAAAUCAUGGUGUAUUUAUGACACAACGCCUUUAGAAACAAACGCCUCCUAAUAAAGGAAAUUCGGCGGGGAAAUGCCGGCAAAUAGCUGCAUUAGUUAACCAAGCGGACUGAAAGGUAAUCGUAGAUAGCUAAGUUAGCUUGUCCCUGCUACACACCACAAUCAUGAGCGAAGAUGACAAUUCAGUGCCAGCCAACAAAGACAAAGACUCAACUCUCCUGCUCACCAAAGACGGUCAGAGAUACUAUGUGAGUAAAAGCGGAGUGGUCGACAGUAGAAAUGUGAUAACCCCGCACGAACCGGACAACAACGCCUCCUCCUAUGAAAUGGACGACCCGGACGAGGAGAGCGACGUCCUGGACACUUCUGACCCCAGAGACAGCGCCGCCAGCCCAGAGGAGCUCAACGACGAGGAGACAUCGGAGGGCGACAACGCUCCCAAACAGUGCACCUACGAGGGAUGCACGGAGACCACGACGCAGGUGGCCAAGCAGAGGAAACCGUGGAUGUGCAAGAAACACCGCAACAAGAUGUACAAAGACAAGUACAAGAAGAAGAAGAGUGAUCAGGCUAUGUCCAGUGGGAAACUUGAUGAGAACUCAGAGGAAAGGCCAGUGUCUGUGAACAAACAGCGUCUGGGUGCCGUGGGAGACCGGCCAGCCAGACCCUCCCUGAUAGAGCAGGUUCUCAACCAGAAGAGAUUGUCAUUGCUCAGGAGUCCAGAGGUGAUCAGCUUCCUGCAGCAGCAGCAGCAGCUCCUGGCUACACAGAGCCGCAGCCAAUCACAGCAGCAGUUCCAGGGCUGUUGACGCAGGCUGGCCAGUGCUUUGCUGUAGUAUUUGAGAUGUGUAUAGAGCACUGAUGAGACACUGACACUUCAUGCAUAAAUUGAUUGUAACCGUACACUGUAACCAUAUAUUUCGUCUGCUAGACAACCAUGCUGCAGAAAAAAAAUGAAGGAAUCAAGGGACAAACUGGGUUAACAGAUCUAAAACUCUCACAAAUAUGGGUUUUCCAUACACGUGUGAGCUUGGCUUGAUUCAGCACGUCAGCCCAGCACAGCUAGGAGAGAGCUGCACCAUUGAAUCGCUUUAUCCCAUUCAAGUUAGCCUGCUCUUCCCUGAAGGAUGAUGCAGCCCAUCUGGCAUUACUGCAACCUGCUUUGAUGCCAGUCAGGUUUGUGCUUUGACCCUACUUUGGAAAUGGUCUAUCUCAGGCGCAAACCUAGUAAUGGAAACGUAUAUCCAUGUGGCAAUGUUUGACUCAGCACGGUCAAAGGUGCCAAUGGAAAAAAAACUAAAAUAUAACAAAUUUCUUGGAAGUAGCAGAUUGACCAUGUAAUAAUCAAGUGUUCUUUGGUGCUUUCUAGGAAAUAUGAUUUUCUAAUGUAUGUGCUUUAUUUUUUGUUUUGAACAUGAAGUGUUUUUUUUUAUGUGUGACAAUCAGUCCUGUAAUGCAUGUCUAGUUUUUUUCAGCCAAGUGGGGCUUUCAGGACUUGUUUUUUAACACCAGAUUUUAUAUACUUUAUCUAAAAUUUGCACAAACAGUAACAGUAACUUCUUAAUACACAAGAAACAAAGUUAUUGUGCAACGAACAAUGUUUAUGCUAGCUCUGUUGACUGUGUAGAUAAGUGGCACUGAUGUACCACAUGUUGGUAAAGUGUGAUAAGCAGAGAAGAGUCUUGUGCUGUAUGUUGCUGUGUAUUUCCCCUGUUGUGAAUAUGAGAUUAAAAUUAUGAUACAAA